UAUUCUGCACGCCAAAGUACAAUAAUAUGUUCACUGUGUACCGUUAUAGUUGUUGUUGGUGUAAGCUUGCUUAAAACUUUACGUCUUCUUCCACCUUGGGUGAUAACGCUGACAAGGCGUUAUAGCUACGGAUACAGACGGACGCUGUUUUAUUAUUCCACAGUAAAGGUUGACUAACUAAAGAACAACAGUACAACCAAAUCAAUGAUGGCCACUGGACAGGGUUUAUAUAAAUCACCAGCUGUUUGUCCACCUACCGAAGAUGAUUUACAGAAAUUAUCAGAAGAAUUAAAUUUAAAAUGUACAACAGAAGAAAUACAGGCUAUAACAGCACAAUUCAAAAAUACAGCAACUUCCUAUCAACGGUUGUCAGAACUUCCAGAACCCUCACUUCCUGUUAAAUAUCCAAGAGUUCCAGGUUACAGACCAGCAGAAAAUGACAACCCAUAUAAUGCAUGGAGUUGGAAAUGUGAUAUCAACGGUGCCUCUACAGGUAAAUUGGCAGGUAAAACUGUGGGUAUUAAAGACAACAUUGCCGUAGCGGGAGUACCUAUGAUGAAUGGUAGUAAAAUAUUGGAAGGUUAUGUUCCAGAAUUUGAUGCUACAGUCGUCACUAGAGUCUUAGAUGCUGGAGGAAGAAUUCUGGGCAAAACAGCAUGUGAGGACCUGUGCUUCAGUGGAUGUAGCAGUACUUGUUCUAGCGGACCAGUGAGGAAUCCGGUUGAUGAGACCAGAACUGUUGGUGGAUCUAGUUCAGGCAGCGCAGCCCUGGUUGCUGGUAAGGUGGUAGAUAUGGCUAUUGGAGGUGAUCAGGCUGGUUCCAUCAGAAUACCAGCAUCAUGGUCAGGUAUAGUAGGAAUAAAACCAACCUGGGGUCUUGUACCAUAUACUGGUGCCAUGCCUAUAGAACUUACAGUUGAUCAUCUCGGACCAAUGGCAGCUAAUGUUCACGAUUGUGCUCUUCUCUUAGAGGUUCUCGCUGGUUACGAUAAAGGUCGAGAUCCAAGGCAACCACGUGAUUUAAAAGUUGAACCAUAUACCAAUUUAUUAGAUAAAGGUAUCAAUGGGAAAAAGAUUGGACUGCUACAAGAAGGUUUCUCCAAUUGUGCAGAACAAGACGUCGCUCAAUUGGUAGAGCAGGCUGCCCUGACAUUAACAAAGGCUGGAGCUAAAGUUGAAAAGGUUUCGGUACCGAUGCAUUUGGAUUCAUUCGCCAUUUCGACAGGAGUAGCCAUACAGGGAUCAUACAAUAACAUGAUCGUUGGAAAUGGAAACGGCUACCAAUGGAAAGGUUAUUACGCAACGUCGCUACAGGAAGCAUUUUUCCGCGGACGGACGACUCGACCGUAUGAUAAUUCUAAAGUUGUUAAAAUGCUGUGUUUGGUUGGAGAAUAUAUGAACAGAAAUUAUGGUAAUAAAUUUUAUGCGAAAGGCCAGAACCUGACAACGGUAUUAACCCAAGCCUAUGAUAAAGUUCUACAGGAAUAUGAUGUCUUAAUUCUACCAACUUUACCAUACAAGGCAACAAAACUUCUACAAGCUGAUUGCUCAACUUAUGAAUGCAUUGAGACAUCACAAUCGAUGCUUAUUAAUACAGCGGCAGCUGACCACACCGGUCAUCCCGCACUCACUAUAAACGCGGGAAAUAUUGGAGGACUUCCGGUUGGUAUGAUGAUCUGGGGACGUCAUUUUGAUGAAACAACAGUAUUACAAGUCGCACGAGCGUUUGAGAAAAUUCGAGAUGGCGAAUAAGAAGGACGUUGAAGAUUUAGUUUUAUAUUUUCCGUUUUUCAGAAUAUUGAAAGAUAUAACUAUUUUAGGGGUAUAAUAAAGUAUAAUUAGGAUAAAGUUACUAUAAGCACGGGUUUCCACAAGGGGUAUCUAUUACAUCAUAUUCCAGUAGGCCUACAAGUAUAUUACGCAAACACAAUUGGAAAUCAAAGAAAUUUUUUAAAACCAUAGUUUAAUAUGAAAAAGUCAACAUCACCUGUAUUGAUUCAUAAAUCAGAAUAUACCAAGCUCGUUUUUUUAUUUACAAUGAUCGACUGUCAUAUUACCGAUGAAACAGGUGUAACACCUAUUGUUAAAGUAGUGACUUCAGAGGUUUUGAUGAAGAUAAAAUUACGUAUAACUCUAUUGACUGUUUAUAGUUUAUUUAGUCUAUGUUAUGUUUAUAGUUUAUUUAGUGUAUGUUAUGCUUAGUCUAUCAAGGUAGACAUAGAAUAGGGUAAUUGCUGUGUGUGGGGAUUCUGUUUGAAUUUGAUAUAGAUUUAGGCCAAUUAUAUAAAGGUCCCUUGGAAAAUAUAAUUAUUCACUCAGUGCCGUAAUGGCCCCGGGUAGUCAUUCUACCCCACCCUUUGAGCUGAAUUCCUACAAAGACCACUACUGUUUCAGAAGUAGGCCUGGAUUCUAGGCCCAUCAAACUCAGACUGCAGAUUAUAUAUUUUGAGAGAAAUGGGGUUUAACGUAAACUCGAAACAAACUAUGCUAUAUCGGGACUAACAUAUGGUUCAAUUUUAUUUGAAUAAUUCGCUUGCGUAGGGGGUCUUAGGCAGUGGGUGGAAACCGGAGGACCGGGAGAAAACCAACAAAGUUUGAUAGGCGACCUUACUCACGUACAAGCGGGGUAUCGAAACCUCGCCUUACAGGCUAUAACUGUUAUAGUUUCUGUGUAUUUAGCAUAUUGACAAGGAUUUUAAAAUAAUACAGUGUUCAAUAGUUUUAUCUACAUACACGUGCACAACGAAAUGUGAAGUCAGAUGCUAUGUCCACGUUUGACAAAGGAACAGGCAACGUCACACUCGUCUCUUUAGUGCCGUGUCACACGAAGAUGACAUCGUAGUGUUACAGUCUUAGAUUUGACGCCGAUGACCAGAAUAGAUGUGACAGCAUAGUGUCACGCAUAUGUGGAGUCUUGGCAAAAUAUAGACUUUGGAAGGCCAUGUGAUUCGGUAUCACAGUGUCAUAUGAAAUGAAAUGAAAUAGGGUUUAACGUCUUAAUGUUCUGCUCCGAAUUGGACACAGUGUCACAUACACUGUCUAAGGACAAAAAUAAAAAGGAAUGUUUAACUUGACAUGAAUGUAAGGAACAUGUAAGAAGUAUUUCAAAAAGAAAAAAAAAUCCGAUUGAUUAGACUACAAGAUGUACAUUUUUGCCAUCAAUUCUCUUUUUUGUAUAUUAUGUGUAAUAUGUUAUGUAGGACAUUGAAAAUCAUUAAAUAUGACAAAUACUA